GCGAUGGAGAGUUGUGGCGUAUGAAGUUUGCUGACGACUAUGUGAGAUUAUUGAAAUACCAAAGAUGAACAUGGGAGAGCAGCCUAUUUUUACCACCAAGGCCCAUGUCUUCCAAAUUGAUCCCGAGACAAAGAAGAACUGGUUACCUGCCUCCAAGCAGAGUGUCAGCGUGUCGUAUUACUAUGACAGCGCCAGGGAUAGUUACCGAAUCAUCAGUGUUGAAGGCUCUAAGGCCAUCAUCAACAGUACCAUCACACCGUCCAUGACCUUCACCAAGACUUCCCAGAAGUUUGGCCAAUGGUCUGACCCCAGGGCUAACACUGUCUAUGGACUGGGCUUUGGAACAGAAACAGAUCUUGCCAAGUUUAUAGAAAAGUUUAAGGAAGUGAAAGAAAUGACGAGGAAAGGUUCUCUCAACCGAAGUAGUGAGGUGAAUGGUAACAAUGGAGAUGCAUCACCUGUGACAGAUUCCAUAUCUAAAGAGGUGCUACACCAACGGACUUCCAGUCUCUCUUCACUCCAUUCAGAGGGAGAUAGUAGUUCACUGCGAGAACGCCGGAACUCUCUGGGAGGCUCAUCAACACCUAAUCUUCCAGCUAAUGCACCCGAGGCUCAACUUAAAUAUGAAAAUGACAGAUUAAAGCUGGCUCUGGCUCAAAGCUCUGCUAAUGCCAAGAAAUGGGAGGUGGAGCUACAAACUCUGAAGAACAACAACGCCCGUCUUACAACUGCCUUACAGGAGAGCACGGCCAAUGUGGAGGAGUGGAAGAAGCAGCUAGCAGCUUACAAAGAAGAGAGCACCAGACUCAAGAAAAAGGUGUUAGAGAUGGAGAAGAAGCAGGGCAGUGCUGAUCAGAGCAGUCAGCUACAGACAGUACAGCAAGAAGUGAAGUUACUCCGCAGUCAGACAGAGCUCCUCCAGCAGGAGAAUGCUGUCAAACAACAGGAAAUUGAUAGAUUAAAUAAAAGAUUAACAGACUUGAUGACGAAGGAAACCUUGAACAGUACAUUGCAAACCAAAUUACAGAACAUGGACAAAGAAAACCAGAACCUGAAUGUGCGAGUGAAAGAAUUGGAGCGCCAGCAGGCAGAGUCAAUGAGCCAAAAGCAGAAGGAAACUCAACACCUCGUUCACCUGCACACACAGCUAGGAAACAAAAUGUCUGACAUGAAAAUUCUACAUGAGCAGAUUAUUUCCUCUUUAAAAGAGGACACCAAAAGUUAAUAGUCUGCUGGAAUAUCAUCAACAUGAGAAAAAAAAGUUCACAAACAAAACAGAAAUAUAUAUUUAUAAUUGUUUAUUGUGGUAUUGUGCCAGUAUUGCAACAGCUGUUUAGUCAGCUCUUGUUUAGUCUCUUUGAAAAUAUAGGGUCUUGCUGAGUGGCCUGAGCUGACCUCAACCCCAUGCAACUCUGUAACCAGAGUAGGUCAUUGGUUGCAACUCUGUAACCUGAGUGUAGGUCAUUUGUUGCAACUCUGUAACCUGAGUGUAGGUCAUUUGUUGCAACUCUGUAACCUGAGCGUAGGUCAUUGGUCGCAACUCUGUAACUUGAGUGUAGGUCAUUUGUUGCAACUCUGUAACCUGAGUGUAGAUCAUUUGUUGCAACUCUGUAA